CGUCGUCGGGCCCGGCCUCCUAAUUUUCAGGAGUUUGGGAAAACUGCCAGAUUUCCCUAAUUUCCCAACACUGGGCGAGGUAUAGUGGUAAAAAAAAAAAACACCACUUAGUUGAAGGAACGGCUCUGCAUCUCUUCAGCCGCUCCCAAGGUACACCAUCAGCUCUGUCCCCUCCCAAUCCAUCCAUUUUGGCGUAGCCUGCGACGGCUUGAUGGCUCGUGUUGCAGUUGUAGCGAGCUGAGAAAAGCAAGUUUUACUUCCGUCCCCGUUACCGCAAGGCAGUGCCGCAAUCGGAGCUGUGACAGUGGGUUUGCUCUCCCCUGCCCGCGCCGCUCCUACCCCUCCUCCACCCCCCACCCCCCACGCCCCGCUCCCCCUCCUUCUCAUUCCUCCCCUCGACACCCACCCCCAAAAGCCCUUUGCGCUUCCAUUCUGUCGUCUCUCUCUCUCUCUCUGCGUCUCUCUCUCUCUCUCUCUCUCUCACACACACACACACACACACACACACACACGGCGUGCGUACUCGCGCCCACCGACGCAAUGCCGGUUGCCAUCGUGACGAGGCUCGGCGGCGACGACGAUGAUGAUGAUGAUGAGGACGACGAGGAGACGACGAUGAAGGUGAUGGUCGCGAAGGGGAUGAAGGUGAUGAUGCCGAUGAUGAUCGCGAGGAGUAGAAGAGGGGCUGAUGACGGGGGUGGGGAUGAGGACGACGAAGGUGGUGGUGGUGAUGAUGAUGAUGACGAUGAUGAUGAUGACGAUGAUGAUGAUGGUGAUGAUGGUGAUGAUGAUGAUGAUGAUUAGGAGGAGGAGGAUGAUGAUUAGGAGGAUGAAUAGGAGGAUGGGGUAGCGAAGGUCCAGAUUGGUGUGGGUGAAAUUGUGACAAGGACAGAUACAGGUACCGGUACAGGUACACGUCUACUUUCCAAGGUCUGGGAUUUCUGUCGCAUUCAGCCAUGGAUCACGGGGGAAUGCCGCCCCCUCCUCCUGAGCCAGUGACGUAUAUUUGCGGAGAUUGUGGUGCAGAUAAUCAGCUGAAGCCUGGUGACGUCAUCCAGUGCAGAGAAUGUGGAUAUCGAAUCCUUUACAAGAAGCGAACGAGAAGAAUUAUUCAGUUCGAAGCGCGUUAACGACGCCAUGGAAUUAUGAUGCUUGUUGCUGUCAGAAGAUGGUGGGAUAGAGGUGGUCUCCCCACAUGCAAUCUGUGUCUGGUUCACAAACCAUGGGCCUCGCUGCAUUACUAGACAUGCGACAUGCAUCUAGAGCUGGUUAUGAUGUAGAUACAUAAAAAAUGUUGGACUGAUCUGAAUGUAUCGGGUCCAUGAUCUCGUGCAGAUAUUUGCCUUAUGUUGAUCAGUGGAGCGAGGCCCCCUAUUACAUGUGGUGGAGAUUCUGUGUAGCAUGCACUCGCUGUACUACUGACGGUGAUUUUGGGCAGAUGGAAUCGGGAGCAUUACGCACAUAAUCCAUGUUCAUUGAGAGCAUUGGGAGGUACAAAAGGUGCAAGUUUUUUGGUUUGGGGGGGAAGGGGGGGGAGGGGGGAGGAGGAUGAUUUUGAGGGUUUGUGAGUAAUAAAUAAUCAGCAUUGAGCAAAAUCUUUGAAUGAGCAAACGCAUUGCUCAUUGCUAUCAGCGUAACCGCCGGCCGGUUCCCCACGCAGACACCAAAAAACUUGAAAAAAAGGAAAAAAAAAGGAAAGGGAAGAGUGGGCCGAAUAGACAAUUGGGAUGUGCAUGCCAGGUUGGCCACGCUAAACCCCAAACAAAAAGGAGGAAAAAACAAAAAAGGAAAGGGAAGAGUGUGGCUGAUAAGACAAUGGGGAUGGGCAUUGGGCAUGCUAGGAGGCACCACUGGCUCUCCGCUCCACUUUUCCCUCGAAUAGCAGUAGGCUUGGUUGUUGUUGGUAUAUUGCUCACAGGAUGGUCAUUGUACAUAUAGGGUAAAGGGUAUAUAGCAGUAAUAAUAGCUCUAUAAUAUAAUAUAAUAAUGCCAUGUGUUCUGUUCUUUUUUUUAUUUUUAUUUUAUAAAACUAUACUCUUCUCUCAAUUUUCCUCACACUACCUACCUACCACUACUCCCAUACGGGGAAACCCGUAGAAAGGCCGACCGAAUCAGCAAUGAAGAGACUGUAGAAAACUAAAAAAAAAACAAGAAAAUUGUUGCAAAUGCUGAGGAUUCAUACACCUGUCUUCUGAGGUGUUUUUGAAAUUGGACAUCUCAAAAGGGAACCAUACGUGAGACUUUUGCCUCAUAUGGCUCUUCUCAGAAUCCAUAUUGAUAUUUGCUCUUUCUUAUGGUAUGGAUUUAAUUCAAAUGUUUCUGUAACCUAAGACUCCAGUAAAUUAGGUCACCAUGG